CCAAGGGUCUCUCGGCCACUGUGAGCCACUGAAGGCUGGGCUGGAUGAGUUUCCCAUCUCCAUGUCCGUGGCAGAGGCUGUGGAGAAAACCACCUUGGCACUUUGUCUCUUCCUGCCAAGCUCCUCCUCCUCCUCCUCCUCUCUGCCAACUGCCCAAAAUACCAGUUUCUGGCAAGUCCAGGCCUGUGUUUUGUACACACAGCUGCUGGGAGUGAAAACAUUCAUCGGAAGCUUUUUUUAACUGCCAGCCGCUGAAAGAGACUCCGAAUUGCACCAUUUCUUCUCCCAAUGCGAGGGAGGAGAAACGGUGGGAAUUGGAGGUCCAUACGACGCUGCUGGCAAUGGCCUUGGGGACUUCGUGGUGUGAUUUUGAACCAAUGUUGGGGCCUGAAUUCUGGAGCCAAGUCCACGUGCCAGGCCAAGAAAGAGGCAGACGACCAUGCUCCGUCCACCAGGAAAGGAGGGUCCCUUCUCCGGCUGCGGAUGGCGCCCUUCUUCUCCGGCCGUGCUCGCCUCUUGCCCUGUCUCGGCACCUGGCUUGUAGGAUCAGGUGCCUGAAGGAGAACUGUCCUUGUGAUAAGAAGCUGCAGGCUCUGAAGAAGAUGAUCCUUGCCCAGCGGCGUAAAUGCGUCCCUCACCUUCCGGGAAAGAACAGCCCCAGUUUCCCUUUGGAAGGGGAAUCUCGGAGCGCGAAACCUCUGAAGAGGAAGGUCUGCAAAGCUGGAGCCUUCUCAGCUCCAGCCUGCCCAGGUCACAGCGAAAGAACAGGAAAGAAACUCAGAACCGGCCACAACUCGGCAUCUUCCUCCCGGAAGGCAGAGAAAGAGAGAGCUGUUUCUUUAUUUGGAGCAUCUGCUUGGAGGGAAGGCCAAAAACUGGCUAGAAACGUUCUUGGCCCACCACUGAAAUAUCAAAAUCUGAAAAGUGAAUUGAAAAGCAAAGGAACGGAGCCUCUCCAAGAAUCUCAGGGGGAUCUGUUCACAGCAUCCCAGUCAGAUCGAAGCUUCAGAGAAAAUGGUCAAGCUGUACAGCCUGAGAUGAUGAAGAAGACAAAACAAGAGAGACACACUGCCCAACUAAACCGUCAAUGGCAAGACUGGAUGAACCCUGGCUGGACACAGAAAUGGACCAGAAGGCACCAGAAUGCUCCAGAUACAGAGAAGAAGAAUGGAAACCAUCCAAGAUCGGCAGGAAGAGCGAGAAAAGCAGGACCUACAAAGGGUUCCUCCGAUGGGUUGAAGACCACGCCUUCUCCUAAGAUUCCAAAUGCAUCUGCUAAGAUGAUGGGCGUGAGAGAGACCUCCAGGCCUGGCAAGGGAAGACAGAAUGGGUCUUCCUUGAGAAGUGAAACUCCGAGGAAAGAACUCCAACCCACAACCACCUUGGUGGAGGCCAGGAAGAAGCCUUAUAGUCCUGAACAGCUCCGCGAAUUUAUGGACCAGAAGGCCGCUGAAAGAAAUAGGAGGAUCCGAGAAGAAAGGAAGACCUCAAAGCAAACCCAAGAAGAGAGAAACAAGAAACUUCAAGAGGUCUACCGAAAACAGAGAGAAGCAGCCAGCAGAAGAAGACAUUGUGCAGAACAGUUGAGAGAAGACCUGACUUCCAUCACGCCCACCAAGAAUCAUCUUGAUUUGAAAUACCCAGAUGUACAGUCUCCAGCAACAGAUGCCCAGAAAGGUGUUCAUCGAGCAUCAUGGACUCCGCUAAGGAAGGAGUUAAAAUUCAACAGUGAGUUGGAGCCAAGGAUGGACAAAACAGGACAAGGGACUUCGAUGCUGGGAUUAAGCACCUCAAUGGACCCUGAAAGUCAACUGAGGAGCCCUCUGAAACUCAAACAGUUGGACAUCUCCUCCUCUCGGGCAAGCCAUCACUCACCGAGUUCUUUUCAUCUCUGGAGAGAGAAAGUUAUUGGCAAGGAGACACCGUUUUCCUCGGACAUCUCUACCUCCCCUUCUUACAGAAGAAAGCAAGACAGAGUGAAGGCCAUCCACAAUUUAGCUAAAGAUCUCAGUGAGCGGUUGGGGAGAGAAAUGGAGAGGUUACAAGCCACCAAGGCCUCAAGGGACCAAGGAUGUCCGCCUGGAACUCCAUCUAAGAUGACUACUCCACCAGGAGUUCCUCUGGAGAAGUUUGAUGCUCCAGAAAAUUCAGUGUCUAUUUGGGAUUCAAGACCUGCAUUGAAUCCACCGAUGUGUCCUCAAGAAAGGGCUGGUCUCGAGAAGGAGUUAGGCGUCCCAAUGGUUAGCCAACAUCUUCUGCCAACUGACAGGAGUGGCCUUGAAGUGAUGCCGAUGGACUCGGUUGAACGAAGGCAAAGCGGGACUGAAGCAAAAGAUCUGAAGGAAGGUCUUGCUUCCGAGAUGGGAUUUGGGGAGAAGGGUCCUACUGGGCCCCCAGCCAGUGUCUUCCCUGGAAGUGGGUCAAUCCACACCUUGGUUGAAAUUCCAAAGGCUUCUUUGAGGAAGAACCAGCCAGGAGGAAACAAUCGUCAGAACAAACCUCCAGAAAACCCACCAGGACAAGGCGGCCUUCCCUUCACAGCACAGCACCAGCCCUCCGGUUUUCCUUUCCUGUCCAUUAAUUUGCCUCCCGGAAAAGCCAGCGCUGCAGAAGAUCUGUCUGAGCCCACAGAUUCAAACAGCCAGUGGAGUGAGAUUGGCCAGUUCUACGGAGGAGCCAGUUCCUUUGGCCGGCUGAGCUUGACUCUGGUGGAACAAUCCUUGAGGGAAGAGGAGCUGCGAGCCCGGCAUCAAAGCGCCCUCCUCCGGCUGCGGGAAAAGGCCCUCCAGGAGAAAGCCCAGGCGGAGCUGGCUUGGCUGGAGCAUGGGGAGCGCUCCCCAAAUGGAUUGCAGGGAACAGGAGGCCCAUCAUCCACAGCCGAGAAGCAGCUCUCCAUCCUAACCAGGCUGAAGCAAGAGCAGGCAGAAAUCAGACAUCUGCAGAACAUCGGCCGAGCUGCCCAUCAGGAGCGGAAGCUUCUCCUCCAGCAGCAAAAGGAGCUCUUAGAAGUGCAGAAGGCAACCACACAGCUGUGGCUACAGCUGGCUGGGCAGCUGCCGCACCAGAUUUCUGAGAAUUAUAACCCUGAAAGAGUUGGAGUGCUGGAGAAAGAAAAGUUGGAAACCUCUUUCCAGUCCGGUCCUCUUCUUGCAACCUGUUCAGGGGGAACUGAACGGAGGAGGAGCAGCCAUGAAGCUGAGAAGAAACAUCUGGCUGAGUCGAAGGACAGUUUGCCACCGGAGAAUCGGGCGGCAGAAGGAUUUGCAAAGUGGAAACCAGGAAAAGGAGACCCAUCUACGGUCUUGGAAACUACAAUGCAGGAUCUAUAUGACCCUUCUGGUCAAAGAUCCCGGGAUCCAGCCCUCGGAGAUGGAAGAACAGCAGAGUGGGAGCCAGCGAUCAGGAUUGGCGUGCUGGAUUGCGGAGAUGAGAAAAACUACGAACAGUGUAAAGAGUAUGGAAUUCAGUAUUACCCCACUUUCAGGUAUUUCAAAGCUUUUACCAAGCAGUUUACAGUUGGAGAAAAUCAUCACGCAACCUCAGAUCGGGAUCUUCAGACCAUCCGCCAAACAAUGAUUGAUUUUCUGCAGAACCAUUCCCGAGAAGCAAAGCCACCAGCUUGUCCCUCUUUGGAGCCAACUCUCAGGCCAGAAGAAGUAUUUUCCCUUUUCAAUAAACACAGUCAGCAUUAUACUGCCAUCAUUUUUGAGAGCGGGAGCUCCUAUCUUGGCCGAGAGGUGAUCUUGGACCUGGGUCAGUAUGAAAAGAUCGCUAUCAAACGGGUUCUAAAUUCUGAGGCAGCUUUACUUGAAAAACUUGGUAUUACUUCAGUCCCUUCAUUGUACCUGGUUUAUCCCAAUGGAUCCCAUGGAUUAAUUAACAAUUUGAAGCCUCUUCGGUCUUUCUUUUCUUCCCAUUUAAAGUCACUCCCGGGAGUUAAAAGAAAACUCACUUCCCCACUCCCACUUCUCCAGCAAAAGAGACCAGGAAACACGAGCAUCAAGGAAUGGAAAGAGUUCGACCAGUCCAAAUUAUAUAUGGCUGACCUUGAAUCUGGGCUGCAUUAUUUAUUCAGGGUCGAACUUGCCACCCACAAAACCCUAGAAGGCGCUGAGCUGAGGACCUUGAAAGACAUUGUUAUUCUCCUGGCCAAGCUCUUUCCUGGCCGUCAACCUGUGAUGAAGUCUCUGGAGACCUUACAGGUGUGGCUGCUGAGUCUCCCGUUGGACCGGAUCCCCUACGAUGCCAUCUUGGACCUGCUCAACAAUAAAGUGCAUAUCUCUGGCCUGUUUCUGCCCAGCCGGCUCCAGUGGGUCGGGUGUCAGGGCAGCCAGGUGGGACUGAGAGGUUACACCUGUUCCUUCUGGAAGCUCUUCCACACCUUAACAGUCCAAGCAGCAGCCCAGCCCAGAGCCUUGCUCAACACAGGCUUUGAAGACAAUCCCCGGGUGGUUCUCCAGAUCAUGCAGAGAUACGUCCAGGAUUUCUUUGGCUGCCGAGCCUGCGCUGAGCACUUUGGGGAGAUGGCCAGAGCGUCUUUGGAUUCCGUGAAGAGCUGGGACGAAGCUGUGCUGUGGCUCUGGGAGAAGCACAACGUGGUCAACGCCCGACUGGCAGGCGAUUUGAGUGAAGACCCCCAGUUCCCCAAAGUGCAGUGGCCCACCCUGGCCCUUUGUCCCGCGUGCCACAAGGGGACCCAAGGCCCCUCUGCCUGGGACAAGACACAGGUGCUCCAGUUCCUGAAACAGCAUUAUGGCAGCCACAACCUCGACCACACCUACCUCAAAGAAGCCGACAAUGCCGAAGAACAAGAGGCCCAAGGUGGAGGAGAAGCGUUUCCGAAGGAAGCCGCUCGGGAGGCCAACAAGGGCCAAGAUCCACAAAAGUCCUUGGGCUCAAAGUCCAAAGGCUUGGACCCCGUGAUAGCCAAGGAGGACUCCGUAAUCGAUCCAGGGAAAAGGCCAGCUGGCUCGGUGGUGGAGCAGGAAAGGAAGCAGGCAGUGUCGUUCUUGGGAGUGGGCUUCUCCAACAUCGACAUGAGCCUCUGCAUCGUCCUCUACGUCACAUCGUCUUUAUUUUUAAUGAUCAUGUUCUUUUUCUUCCGCGUGAGAUCCAAGCGCUGGAAAGUGAGACACAACCGUCCCUACGUAUAGCGAGCGGAUCCAUAGGAAAUCAUGUUUCGGUCUGGAAAUGGCUCUCUUGUGCUCGCCUGCAACUCGGGUAGCAGGGAAUCAGGGAUUUUCUCUCUCUUUUUUUUUUUUACAGUGCCAUAUUUUAAAUUUCACGAGACCGUGCCAUUGUUCCUCAUCCUCAUUCGCUGAUGAUCUGCUUCUCUCCUAUUGGACACUUUGAAUUUGGAACGGUGUAGAAAAAAGUGUUUUUCUGAAGAAACAUUAAAACGGUUCCGGUGAUCUUUUUCCUUGGGUUACCUAGUGUGCUGUGAUUUAUGAAAUGGUUCAAGAAAAUCAGGGUGUUAAACAGGUACUUAUAACACCAACCAAAUUUGGGUGCAAACAUUUAGAUGACCACUAUAGAAUUUAAUCCAACCAGUAAAAACUUUAAAAGAGCUGAUUUUAACAAACUCAGAGACAGCCUAAGAAACUUUCCAUGGAUUAAAAAUCCUAAACAGGGAAACAACUCAAGAAGCACGGGAAACUCUGAAAAAUAUAAUAAUAAAAGCCUAAUCCAACACAAUACCAUUGAAAAAGAAAAACAAGAAAUCCAAGAAGAAGCCAGCAUGGUUGCACAAAGAUCUUUAUGACAGACUGAAAGACAGACAUCUUAAGUACAAAAAAUUGAAAGAGGGACACAUAACUAAGGCAGAAUAUCAGCAGAUAGCCUGAAUUUGUAAAGAUGAAGUCAGGAAAGCAAAGGCUCAGAAUGAACAAAGACUUGCAAGGAAAGUCAAAGAUAAUUUUAAAAAUGUUUCUUUCAACAUAUAAAAUAACAAGAAAAAAGUCAAGGAAACGGUUGGUCCACUAAAGAGAAAAGAUGGCAAGGAAGUAUCAGGCAACAGAGAGAAAGCAGAGCUUAACUCAUUCUUUGCACAAAGAAUGCAAGCAAAAAGAAAUUAUAGCUCAACCUACCAAAAACAUAAUUGUAAAGGACAGACUAGAAGUAAAAAUUAAAAAAAAACAAGAAAACGGUAAGAGAAAACCUAUCUGGUCUUGAUGAAUAUAAACCAGCGAGACCUGAUGGAUUACAUCCCAGAGUUCUGAAGGAGCUGGCAGGUAUUAUCUCAGAACCAUUGUACCAUAUCUUUCAAAAAUCCUGGAGCGCCAGGGAACUACCAGAGGACUGGAAAAGAGUUGAUGUGGUUUCCACCUUCAAAAAAAGGAAAGAAAGAGACCCAGGAAACUACAGACCAAUCAGCCUAACAUGGGGACAUACUGGGGGGACAAAGUGACUAAAUUAGUAGACCAGCAAAAUGCCGUGGACACAGACUUCAGCAAGGCAUUCGACAAAGUAGACCACAACCUACUUCUUGGUAAACCUCACCACCAGAUGGAUUUGUAACUGGAUGACAAGACCAUACUACAUCUUCAAGGAGGGAAAUAGGAGGUGGGUUACCACAAGGCUCCAUCUUAGGACCAGUACUCUUCAUGAUCUUCAGAAAUGACUUAGAUGAGGGAAUAGAAAAGGAACUCAUCAAAUUCACAGAUGACUCUGAGCUGGACUAGAAGACCUCCAAUGUCCCUUCCAGCUCUAUUAUGAUCGACUAGACGAGAUCAGAAAAAGCAAGUUCCGGGCUGCCAUCUAGUGGUCGUGCAACAUUUCGCCAGACUACAUCUCCCAUAAUUCCCAGUUCCUUCUUAACGCUGCUGCUCUAUCACAACAGUCGAGCCACAAAGGAAGGAACAUAGAACAUAAAACAAUAAGACUGGAAGGGACCUUGGAGGUCUUCUAGUCCAACCCCCUGGUUUUGCCUCCUCUGGGGGCUUCUCCUGUCUGCACCCAGCAGCCCAGUUCUGGAUGGUGAGGGGAGCAGGCCAAAGGCUGACCCUAGGUGGGGCAGCAAACCCCCAAGAAAGGGCUUGUUGAUUGCCCUCUGGCUUGCUGCAAUUGGAAGGACUGGACCACUGGGGGCUCCACAGGGCCGGGCAUGGGACUCAGGACCCCAAUGAGGGACUUCCAUGGCAGGUGCCUCCUCCCCCCACCAUACCCAAGAAGGAACCCAAAAGAAUAAAGAAUGGAAAGGGACGGGGCUGGAGACAGGUCCUUCAGUGGGUGAGGUCUCCAUCCCCUAAACAGGCUGAAAUCCUGGAUGGCUGGAGAGGCUCUCAGAUUUGCUCAGUUGCUUUGCUUCGUUCCUCAAGUUGGAGCAAGCAAGCAACAGGUUGGGAAUCUGAGCAUCUGUGGAUUUUUAAAAUAUUAAAUUCCCCUCUAAAUCCAUCCCUUCCUCCCUUUCCCUCUUUUCCUUCCAUGUUUGUGCCCUCUCUUCUCUUUCCUCCUUUUUUCUCCAUUCUUUCUAAGAUUCGUUUGUAAGAUCUGCCAAUAAAGCGUUUUGAAUCCCA